CUACUCAAGUAUUCAAGUGUCAGAAUUUCACUCGAACCAGUUUAGUGUUUCGUGUGUUGCUAGUAGAAGCUUCAGAAUGAUGAAGACUUUGUCUGUAGUUGUGCUUUUAGGCGUUGCCCUUCAGGGUAGCGAUGCCCAAUCGCUCUUCGAUCGCGUUCAGAAUCCAGGGUCGAAUCCUCCCACAGUCACUACUACCCUUCCUCCAGUCACUACUACCCUUCCUCCAGUCACUACUACCCUUCCUCCACAGCAAGUCGAUGAUACGGACUUCUUCUCGAUUGACGAGAGCGCGAAGAGAAUCGUAGCAUUCAGGGACAAAGUAGCUCCCCGCACGGAUCCGUUUUCCAUCGAUGCGAAUCCGCAGACUAUUGAAGAGGUAGACGUUAUCCUGAUGGUAGAUCGCAGUUACAGCGUCGGACGGGAGGGAUUUCGAAACGCUAAAUGUGUCCUGCGGGAAUGGGCGCAGCUUUUCCAAGACAAUAUAGAUAUAAGAUUCCGAGUGACGUUGCUGAGCUUUGCUCGCUACCCAACUCUCGAUUCAGUUGACUAUUUCAGGACGUACAAUUCGUUUCCAGGCCUCCUGAAUGCCAUCGACAACCUUAAAUACUAUAGACACGGUGAUAACAGUUGUCCAGUAAGGCCGGACCCGAACAACCCCCACGGACAAUGGAUCAGCUUAGACGGUUGUGCUACGUGCACACACUCCGCCCUAGAUGAAGCAUACAGCAUCUUCUUUGAUUACAAGUACCAAAAUGGAGAGAUGUUGUCUCGUUUCCACUCCACUAAGGCCAUCAUCGUAGUGACGGACGGAAAAUCUAACUGUCCAUCAUCCGCGCCUACCUGCCGAGCGGCCCGUAAAUUGCGAGAGAGAAAGGUGAACAUCUUUGUACAGGCGGUUGGCAGACAGGUAGAUGCUGGGGAGGUUAGGUGCAUCGCUACCGAAGAUGAUUACAACCUUAACGCUGACUACUCACAAACCUGCCGUUCCACCACCUUGGCCAGGGAAAUAGGGGCUCAGCGCUAUACUUAAUAGAGGAAAGAUACGGCUAAAAAAUAUAGCAAUAGCAAUAGCACAGAGCGUAGGGGGGACCUGCAUGGGUAAGAUGGGACAUCGGGUAAGAUGAAACAGUGCUUACAUAAAGCUUUUACAUGGCUAUAGAGGGCAUGACACCUAUCCAUGUCUUCUACUUGAUCGAUGGAAAGCGAAUCACUGCAGUUUUUUUGGAGAAAAAUCACCUAAAUUGUUUGUUUAUCAAGGAUUCUCCUUUUUUGUUCUUUUGAAAUCUUUCUUACGUAAGUGUCAAGUUUCGUUAUUUCAAGACUUGGAUUCAUGAGAUUUUAGAUUUGUUGUGUUUCGAGUAGGCCAAUGUGUUGUGUAUCAGCAGGUAUGAGACGCGAGUGAAAAUUCCUGCUUGUAGUGCAUGGUAGUAAGGUGGGAGGAAGUUGUCGUACUAAUAUUGAUACGAUAAUAUAAAAUCAAUAACAAUGAUGCUUAUUAAAUA